UCUCGUCUCCCGUUUUGUGUGUUGGGGGGAUGGGGCUGUGCCGAGGAUGAGACACUCCAAAUAUUUACCACUUGGCUAACUAAAUAUCUUUAUUUCCGAACUGGGCUUCCUCUGUCGCUCUUGUAGAUAUACAUACUUUUCGACCACGUAUGAGUUUAGGUGGAAUUUGGCCAAAAUAAAGUGGAGUAUCUGUACGUCCACGACACACGCUUAAAAGUCGACAAAAUGUAUUCCUCUGCUGGAGCUGCUGAGGUGCUUGAGGGACCCCGUUCCUCUGGGUCAACAGGCUCUGACCCCCCUGUUUUAGACCCCCCAUCUUCCCCAGUGCCAGAAUAUGUGUUCAAGCCACCAUCACGGCCGGACUUCGGCACCAUGGGCAGGACAAUCAAGCUCCAGGCCAACUUCUUCGAGAUGGAAAUCCCUAAACUGGAGGUCUACCAUUAUGACAUCGACAUCAAGCCCGAGAAAUGCCCCAGGAGGGUCAAUCGUGAAAUUGUAGAGCACAUGGUCCAGCACUUUAAAACACAAAUCUUUGGUGAUCGAAAGCCGGUGUAUGACGGGAGGAAGAAUCUCUACACUGCCAUGCCCUUGCCUAUAGGCAGAGACAAAGUGGAGCUUGAGGUAACCAUUCCUGGUGAAGGCAAAGACCGCAGCUUCAAAGUAUCCAUCAAGUGGGUGUCCUGCGUCAGCCUGCAAGCUCUGCAUGAGGCGCUAUCAGGACGGCUACCCAGUGUCCCCUUUGAGACUGUCCAAGCCUUGGAUGUGGUCAUGAGACAUUUGCCCUCUAUGAGGUAUACCCCAGUGGGGCGCUCUUUCUUCACACCCUCAGAGGGAUGUUCGAACCCCCUCGGUGGUGGCAGAGAGGUCUGGUUUGGCUUCCAUCAGUCUGUCAGGCCUUCCCUUUGGAAAAUGAUGCUCAACAUCGAUGUCUCGGCCACUGCAUUCUACAAAGCCCAGCCUGUAAUUGAGUUCAUGUGUGAGGUCUUGGAUUUCAAAAGCAUUGAAGAACAACAGAAGCCCUUAACAGACUCACAACGAGUGAAAUUUACAAAAGAAAUUAAAGGCCUGAAGGUGGAGAUCACUCACUGUGGGCAGAUGAAGAGGAAGUACAGAGUGUGCAAUGUGACCAGAAGACCAGCCAGCCACCAAACGUUCCCCCUACAGCAGGAGAACGGCCAGACUAUUGAAUGCACAGUAGCACAGUACUUCAAAGACAAGUACAAGCUCAUCCUGAGAUACCCCCACCUCCCGUGUCUACAGGUGGGACAGGAGCAGAAGCACACCUACCUACCUCUAGAGGUGUGUAACAUAGUGGCAGGACAGCGUUGCAUCAAAAAGCUGACAGACAAUCAGACCUCCACUAUGAUCCGUGCCACUGCCCGAUCGGCACCAGACCGUCAGGACGAGAUUAGUAAAUUGAUGAGAAGUGCCAACUUCAACAUCGACCCUUACGUUCGUGAAUUUGGAGUGAUGGUUAGGGAUGAGAUGACGGAAGUAAACGGCCGCGUCUUACAAGCACCUUCCAUUCUGUAUGGAGGCAGGAAUAAAGCAAUAGCCACACCAAUCCAGGGAGUAUGGGACAUGAGGAACAAGCAGUUCCACACUGGCAUUGAGAUCAAAGUGUGGGCAAUCGCCUGCUUUGCACCACAGAGGCAGUGCACUGAACUCCUGCUCAAAGCAUUCACAGAUCAGCUGAGGAAGAUCUCUAGAGAUGCAGGGAUGCCCAUCCAGGGUCAACCUUGCUUCUGUAAGUACGCCCAGGGAGCGGACAGCGUGGAGCCCAUGUUCAGGCACCUCAAGUACACCUACCAGGGCCUCCAGCUGGUGGUUGUCAUCCUACCGGGGAAGACGCCCGUCUACGCUGAGGUGAAACGUGUCGGGGACACGGUACUUGGCAUGGCCACACAGUGUGUGCAGGUGAAGAAUGUUCAAAAGACAACACCUCAGACCCUCUCCAACCUCUGUCUCAAGAUCAACGUCAAGCUGGGCGGUGUCAAUAACAUCCUCCUCCCACAGGGCAGGCCGUUGGUGUUCCAGCAGCCAGUGAUCUUCCUUGGUGCAGAUGUGACCCAUCCGCCUGCAGGAGAUGGGAAAAAGCCUUCCAUAGCUGCUGUUGUUGGUAGUAUGGAUGCCCAUCCCAGCAGAUACUGCGCUACAGUCCGGGUGCAGCAGCACCGUCAGGACAUCAUCCAGGACCUGGCCACCAUGGUGAGGGAGCUGCUCAUCCAGUUCUACAAGUCCACACGCUUCAAGCCUACCAGAAUCAUUUACUACCGCGAUGGCAUCUCUGAGGGACAGUUCAACCAGGUCCUUCAGCAUGAGCUGCUGGCGAUCCGUGAGGCCUGCAUAAAACUAGAGAAGGACUACCAGCCUGGUAUCACCUUUGUGGUCGUGCAGAAGAGGCACCACACAAGACUGUUCUGUAUGGACAGAAACGAAAGGGUUGGGAAGAGUGGCAACAUUCCUGCAGGCACCACAGUGGACACCAAAAUCACUCACCCAUCAGAAUUUGACUUUUACCUUUGCAGUCACGCUGGCAUUCAGGGUACCAGCAGGCCGUCUCAUUACCAUGUGCUCUGGGACGACAACCACUUCUCUUCAGAUGAACUGCAGGUCCUCACCUACCAGCUAUGCCACACCUAUGUGCGGUGCACCCGGUCCGUUUCCAUCCCAGCACCAGCUUACUACGCUCAUUUGGUGGCUUUCCGGGCUCGCUAUCACUUGGUGGACAAAGAGCAUGACAGUGCUGAGGGCAGUCAUACAUCAGGUCAGAGCAACGGGCGUGACCAACAGGCCUUGGCCAAGGCCGUUCAGAUCCACCAGGACACGCUUCGCACCAUGUACUUUGCCUGAGAGCACAGAACCCCGGGUUGGGUUGGGUGAGACUGAUGAAACACACUUCCCCUCGCUAUCUCACUGUCAGCUGUAGAUAGCAUCACAGUGGUUUCACAUCAUGAUCUCCCUACCUAACAGACCUGUCAGUUACCCGUAUGUCUACAAUUGUACUUCAGCCCCCUACCAAGCCAGCUAUUAGACUGUAAGAUGCAAAAGAAUCCCUCUUUUUUGGAGUUUGAGCUGGAAGAGGUUUUAUUUACAUGUUGUGCAUUAGUGUGUGUUUGUAUUAGUUGCAGGGAAAUACGUUGCAAAGUAUGAAAGGAAAAGAAACGUUUGUACACUGAUAGAUGAAAUCGACCAUUUCUAAACUAGCGGGCAGUAUCAUUAUACAUCGGGGUGAUUUAUAAUUUAGAAGAAGCUGUUUAACCUCCUUCUCUCCGUGUCUAUUGAUGGUUAGGGUCUUGGUGCUUGAAGGGAGAAGGAUCAAAUUCAUCAAAAGAUGAGGGGGCUUGUUCACUGUUUAUAUGACUAAAGAUAUGCUCCUCUGACAAACAUUAUUUAUCAGCCAAUCAAAGCAAAGUGCACUGAUCAGAAUGGGUACUUCAAUCAGGACAAAAGUACUUAAUAUAUUGAGGGUUGUGUGUGAUUAUUACUUUUUUUUUUUUUUUUUUUUUCCCCACAUAGGGCACCAUGUGAUAAGUGCCAUUUGAGACGACCUUUCUGUUGUCACUUCUGUGUAAAACUAUGAAUUAUUAGCCCCACAUCUGCUGGGAUUUCAGUAUUUGUCCUUGAUGACUAAUGACCAUUUUAUGUCAAAUCUGGUGAACUUACUAAAAGAAUUCUUUGCAUCAGAUUUGUUAUCAACCUUUAAACCAACUCUUAGUUUGUUCUAGAGUGCUUUUAGCGUUCGUCUUGAAUGAACAGCAAUUUUAUCCUUCUCUGCCUCUCUUGUUAGUAUGAACUGAAAGAGUUGCACGACUAACCUAAUUCCCAUGCCAAGAAGUAGUGUAUUGGGACUGGUUCCCAAUAAGGACACCUUUCUAAUGUACUCUGAGCCGUGUUGAUAAAAGACACAUCAUGUAGAAAUCAACAUAGAGGGGAACUAUAUUUGUUUUUGUUUUUCCCUUUUGUUUUUUUAGUCUAAUUUAAUUUCAAUCAUUUUUGUAAUGAAUAUGCAUGUAGCUGACUCAUGUUUUAGACAUUUAGGCAUUUGUGAUAAUUGUUUAUUUCUUCCUUUAUACACAUUAACCCGACUUCUAUGUUUUAAUGUAUAUAGCAGCAGGAUAGUGUUUUCUGCAGUGUCUUUGUCAGAGUGGGUUAUUUGUGUGGCGCCUAGAUAUCCAGGCAUUCGGUACAGUGGAGUGAAAGCUGCAACAUUUUUAGAGUUUAACUGAUCGAAAUUCCCUAAGAAAAACAAAAGACAAAACAACAAAUCGUGUUUGCUCCAGGAACUGGGAGCAGUCGCAGCACAAAAGCUUGGGUUUUAUGCAAAUGACUUUUUGUGAGUCUUUAUACUAUAUAGUAAUGUUGGUAAUAAGGUAUAUUUUGAAUAAGCUUUCAGUGGAGGCUGCUGAAAAUAUUAUAGAGAUUUUUUUUAAAUGACUGGCCCACAUGUAGUCUAAAUUAACACUAUUUGUAUACAGAUUUUAAAAUGCAAAUAUUUUCUUGCCUUCUAAGACUGUUACAGUCUUACUAAUAAUUAUAGACAUUUCCUAACAUCCCACCUAAGUUUUACUACUUGUAAGUUAAGCUGGCGAAUGUUCUUAUAGUCUUGAUUGGAGGAGUAUAUAUUUUCUAACUAUGCAUAAUUUUUAACCAAGAGAUUUAGCAGUGGGGUAUCUCACAUGAAUUUGGAUCAUUUGUAGAAGUAGAUAAUCAGGUUUUUUUUUUUUUUUUUUAGCAUGUUGCAUUUAGUAGCGUUUAUUAGUGCUUAUAAGCCUCUUCAUGCCUUUCUAACGGGAUGAAGUAUUUAUGUGGUCAUUUGUAACAUUGUAGAUUUUAUAGCCUAAAAAAAUUGGGUGUAUCCUUUAUAACACAUUCUUUCUUAGCCAAACAAGAUUACCAACUUUUACAUGAUUUAAUAUUCAAAAAACGUGGAAGCACAAAUGGACGUCUUGAUUAUAGGUGCUAGAAGUUUUCACUGUAAACCACCUUAAAUCCUCACUGGACUGGUCAACAAGGCUUCUUACUUGUAUAUUAUAAAAAGAUGCCUCAUCAUCUGGAGGAUCUUCUCUCUCUCCCUUUGACGAAUUCUCUGUGUUACCCUUUUUACUCAUUACCUGUAAAGCAACUAGAAAUCCGACUGACUGUGUUUGUGGGGCAUUCUGAAAAUCAUGUACUUGAUAUUUACUGUUAUGAUGUCAUUGUUCUUAUCGGUGCUGGUCUCACAACAUGUAAAUUUGGAUGCACUUUUGAUAGCAGAACGUUCUACAGAUGUGUGUUCCUCAGUCAAAGCGGGAGGCUAGGCCAUAUUGCGAGACACUGGUGUAAUUGUAUGGAAAUGGCCGUGUGUUCUACCUCUUGUUACCUGUUUAAGUGUUAUGGUAACAUCACACUGCUGGCCAUUUCUGUAUAAUUACCCCUGCUAUCUAUCUAAUUGGCAUUGUUUGAGUCUUGCAUUGACAAUUGAGGUUUUUAAAACGCUUGGCGAAUGCGCUUUCUCAGUUUAUGUAAUUUUUUUUUCUUCAUAGUUUCACUCAAACUGGUAAGAGAGAAUGUUCUUUUUUCCUUAUAGUGGUUUUGAGCGUUGAGCUGUACGACCAAAUUCUGUGUGUUUUGUAUUCUCUCUCUCUCUCUCUCUCUCUCUCUCUCUCACUCACUCACUCACUCACUCACUCACUCACUCACUCUCACACACACACACACACACAGCUUUCCCUUAUUUUUUCCUUUUAUUAUAUGCACCAGUGAACUGACAGAUUGAUUUUCCACCUGAGCAGUAUAACACCAAACUCAAAGCCCACAUCAGGUAUAAGUGCAUAUUGUUGAUUUGGAGGAAUUGUAAAGACACGCUGGUUGGUGCGGUUAGUCAGACUGUAUUGUUUUUAGCUUACAAGUGACUUUAAAGGACCAGUGUGUAAGAUUUAGAGGGAUCUUUUGGCAAGAAAGACAAUAAAUAAGUUAGUAGUGUAUAAUCACCUCCUCUUCCAUUUGCACAGCCAUGUUUCUUGCAGUAGCCCAGAUUGGACAAACCAAACACAGGCUCUACAGAUGGCCUUUCAUGAGUGUCACUGCCGCUGUAGGUUCUCCUACAUUCUUUAAAGAGGAGGGUUAGGCGAGGGGUAUUCAGUUGGUUGCAAUCUGCAUUUUUGCCACUAGAUGCCACUAAAUCCUACACAUAGGCCCUUCAACAAAAAAUAAAUCAAGCACAUAUUGAAGUCCACAUGAAAAGCAAUCUGAAAUUCAGCAAGGCCUUUGAUCAGUUAAGUUGCACUACACAACCAUGUCAUUUUGCGAUCAUUCAUUGAAAUCUUCAAUUUAAGUAUAAGUGACUGGAUGAGAACACAUUAGUCUUAGGUUGGGUUUUGUGGAGACUGAUGUCAGGUGGAGGCCAGCUGUUGAGGCUGCAUGGAAAUGUGAAUGUCCUCGGACAGUCUCACAUUAUGUAGAAAGAGGGAAAGUGAACGGGUGUCCUAAAAUGAUAUUGUGCUGAAAUUCAGAACGUCAUGCUGUCUUUUUAGGAGAUAGCUUUGUACUUGAGUUUUACAUUACCUUUACCAGCACCUUAAAAUAGCAGAUCAGAAUGGCAUCGCUUUUCCUGGGGAUAAAACUCAAACAUUUUGACAAUGUCUUUGCACUAAAUAAGGCUCGACUUUUGUAGCUGUUUCAGCUUCAGGUGGUAGACUGGCAGCCUCUUCUUUAUUUAGAAAGGAGCAGUUGGCAUUGGUGACUUUUCAAAAUAAACAGUUAACAGGCCAGAGAAAACCUCAGUGUGUGCACUUGCCAGUCAGAAAGAAACGCCACCUAGCCAACCAGCAUUCAGCGUGUCGUCCUUCAGAAAUACGCCUUUAAAUAUUAACGAAAGAUUGAAACUUGCCCACUUGCGUGGGUGAGUUUCCUUUGUACAGUGAUGUGUGAGAGAGAUGCUUGAUGCAAAACAAACUGACAGCGUGUUGAAAAGAGCUGAUUAGCUGUGGACAGUAAGAUUUGGAUGCCAAGUGCUGUGUGAGGAUGACGUGCGCAGGAAGGUUUGACAUGAUUACUGUGCCCUUUUUUUAAGACUGCAACAUGCAUAGAAAACAGUGCUUAAAGUAAGGCAUUUUUAUGCGUCACUCACCACCAUAGGCUUAUACAUAUGAAGAUUCUGAAGAGGCUUUUCCUUUUUACAUAAAUCGUCUUGAUCAUAAUGAGCUAAAUCAAGACUGUGUAUGGAACAAACACAUGAAUACACCAGCCUGGAUGAAUGUGGCUCAGAUUUACAAGUCUAGUGGUGCCCCAGGUGCUUAGUUAGGCAUUCAUAACACCUGCAGUGGUAACCCUAAUGACAUUACAGGAGACCUUUUCUCAGAUACGUCACCUCUGUUUGGCUGUUUAUGGAGUGGCCAAAACUAGGACAAAGCACAUUCUAGAAAUGGCAGGUUUGUAAACGAAAUGGCAUAUCAUAAGCUAAUUUAAUCGAUCAGUUAAUCUUAUUUUCUUGAUUGCGUUUUUCCUUUUUGUAAGUAGGCUAAUGUUUUGAAUUUCAUGUUGAAAGAAGCUGAGAUAAAAUUCCUCCAAUGUUAAUGAUCGGCCUGUUUACUUUUUUGCUUUUAAAUGGUCUUGGAGUAAAGUAAAGCCGAAUUUCAACCUCUAUCAAUUUCUAAACCAUUACCCUCUGUAUAGCAGCCUCUCUCCUCUCUGCCUCUCAUCCGUCUCUUGUAGAGAAACUAUUGUUGUUAUAAAGAAACCUCUUGUAGAGUAGAACCUAUUUUCCUAGAUCCAAAUAAUAACAAUGAAUGUACUUGGCGCCUGCGUGGUUUGUAAUGUUGUAUAGGCUUUCCAUCCAGUACAUCUAUACGCAUGUUUGCUUCUUGUGUACAGCCUUUUCUUUUUCUUUUCUGAUUUCUCCUAUUUAAAGACUUUGAUAAUUGCAGAAAGUAUUAUGUUUUCUUCUUUGAUAUCAUCAAUUUUCGAUAUCGCUCACAUCACCGCUGAUAUCGUUAAUAUUUUCACUGAUUUACAGGAGAUAUACAAGUCUACAGCUGAGAUGUCUUUCUCUGGAUGUUGGCUACUGUAGUUUUAGGAGAUAAAUGUGUCACACUGGUGCAAAGGCUUGUCAUCUUUUCUGUUCUGGCGUCAUGCUUGUGAGGUGCUGUAACAUAAGAGCUAUUUGUGUAUAUAUGAUGGUUGCUUUGGUGUGUGAUCUUGUUUGCCGUUAGAUUUUUGGCUUUGCCCAACAGAUUUCAGCUCACUAACUCAUUAGCGCAGUGCCACUUGAAAGCAAAGAAGCUAAGGUUUUGUUUGAACGUUGCUUGUGUUUCUAACUUUUGGUGAUUGUAUUUCUACGCAGCCCUUUUUCCAGAUUUAAAAAGUAUGAUUUCACACGGCACUCAGAUCCAGCUAACAUAAUUUUCCUGUUCCAAUUCCUAGAUACAACUUUUCUAAAGCAUCACAUUGUCCUUGCCAGUCAGUCUUUAUCAUGCCAAUGUCCACCCAAUUACCUGUAGCCAUGUGACACUGGUGUGGUAACCACAAGGUCUUGCAGUUAAAGUUUGCCUAUAUUAUUGUUAUGGCUGAGUUAUUGAGUAAAAAUUCAAAUGGGGCAUUGGGAGACCCGAGGAAAGAACCAUUACGCCUCAUGUCCACCGCAAGCAGCUACGCCGCAUUUUAGUUGUCACGCCUAGUCUUGGUUUCAGUGUCCCCUGGCGUUUUAGUUCUUGAAGCGUCUUCAAACUGUUCUUCAGCAGCCACGUUUACGUUGUUGUUAAGAGUUGCGGACAUUUUUAGCAACGCUAAAGCGGCUGUACGGAUAUCAAUGUUGGUUAGGUUGGUCUCGACUUAAAUAUCUCAGCAACUAUUUGAUGGUGAUCCCCUGAUCUUUCCUCUAGUGCCACCAGCAGGCAGUAGGCUUUCACUUAUUUAGUAAAAUGUCUCAACAUCGACUAAAUGGAUUGGCACAAAGUUUUUUUAUACAAUCAUUCUUGGUUCCCGGACAAUGAGUCCUGAUGAUUCUGGUGACUUUUCGUCAUGUACCAUUAUCGAGUUAAAUUUUUUAUUUGUCCAAUACUUAAGCAAAACUAAUGACAUUUCUAUCCACCUCAGCUGUACUUAGUGUUGUAUGAAGUGUUAAUUAUCAAAUGUUAGCAUGCUAACACACUAAACUAAGAUGGUGACAUAAUGAUAGCAAGGCUAUAGACAUUUGCUGCUCAUUUAGGGUCAAUGUGGUAAAUACUUUGUAGCUGUAGCUCAUUUUAAUUAGGGCACACAGCAUGCCGUCUUAUCCUUGUGUUUUCUUUUGUGACAAUUUUUGGUAAUUCAGAGACACAAGCUGCUCUGGCAAAAAUAGACCGAAUACCAGAGCAGAGAAAUCUGGUGGGAAUGGGAACCAAUAGUCUCUGGCAACCGCAACUGAGCCAGAACACGACGCAGCUGCGACCGGUGAACAGUUGGGAUUAAGCAUGGGGCUGUAGUAGUUCAUUUGACCAUAACUGUGGAGAACUGAAUCAAGCUUCACCAAACCAAUGCCAUCCAGCAGAGACUCAUGUGGGUAUUUUUGUAUUUUCUAAGCAUUUCUAGUCCUCAGAAUGACUUGGCUUUUUUUUUACCAACUUAGAAAAAAACUACCUCAGAGCAGUGUCAGGUGCUAGCUAAUAUUAGCACUAAUUUAUAACAGUGGUAACAAAAAUCAAAAAUUGUUGUGACCAAACCAAGACAAGCCAAUAUCGUGUGAGAGCACUGUUCUUUUCUUUAACCUUAAUAAAUGGAAAACCAAGUAAUCGUGUAUGACUGGUUGGUUGCUGUAGUUGGUUACAUUGUAGGGGACCAAAUAUUUGGAAUUGGGAGUCUCAUUGUUUCAUGUGAGUCCUUCAUUUUUUUUCUAAAGACAGUGAAAAAAGCAACCCAGCACAAUCUAGGACUCAUUCAUGUGGUGAAAUAAACUGUAAUCAUGACCGGAUCAUAUAUCGACCAACGUGCCAUCAUACAGUAAUUGCUAUUCACUCUGACAGUGUGUUCAUAUUCUAGUAAAAUGUCGGCGAUAUUGAGGAAUGUUUUGUAGAGGGCGGUGAAGGUUUGUCAGAAAGAUGUAUAUUCAGCAAUAACGUUGGCGUGUGGGCUGUGGACUGUUGGUAAUUUGUUUGUCUCUACACCAGUCUGUCCUCUCGACGCAGGUUGAGACAACACUCAAUAAACAUUUUGGACUUUUUGUCAGCAGGACAAUACUAUGUCUCAACGUUUAGAACCAGCCUUUUGUGUUUUUGUUUCACCCGAAUGUUGAAAUAUUAAGGUUUCAUACUGGAUAGAGCCACUCCACGUGAUCAAAUGCUUACAUUUCUCUUCCGUGUUAACCCAGUACUGCAAUAAAAUCAGGACGCAUGUCCCUGUCUUCUUUUUGGUUCAUAAACGCUUCUCUUACGAUUAGCCGGACUCCACGCCAUUUUUGUUAAGGGUGUAAGAUAUAGUUUUGCAUGCGACAAUUUACAAAGGGAAUAUACACAUUUGAACAUACUUUACAAUGUCUCAGAUCAUUGUAAACUUCAACAAAAAAGGUACAUAUGUGUGGAAAUUAACUACAGUUUAUUGUAAUUUAAUCUAAACUGAAAACAUCCAGUGUGUUUGUAGUCGUUUUGUGUGCCUUUUGUCGGAUCGCUCUCUCUUCUCCAUCGGCCCCAACAUUGGGUUUGUGAGUCCUUUUCAACAUAAAGGUUUGACAAAAAAAAAUCAAUUUUUAAUUAUCAUGCAACCUUGCGUGUAGAUGCUGCAUAGAACGAUCAGUAUUUGUGUUUUGCACUUUCAAAGCAGUCUCAAAAAAAUUGCCCACCUGAGGUUGGGCAGAAAGUAAAAUAACUGACGAGGUAUUUUAUGCUAUCAAUAGGAAUUAUAAGGAAUAAUAUGACUUUGAAGAGCUUUUCUAAAAAGGUUGAUAUAUCUAUAUAUAUUCAUGAAGUACCUCAUAAGCCUGAUAUAUGCUGCAUUGACUUAUUUUUUUUCUGUAGUGUACUUCAUAUUGUCCAAUACAUUUUUUAAUUUUCCCCUUUUGGGAGGUUUGAAUGUCACUACAGGCUGUGCACAUGCCACAACCAGUAAAUCCGAUCGAGUUCUGUUGUAACAAAAGGAGUAUGUUACAUCUUGUGGCCAAACGAUGAUGUGUCAUUUAUGCAAUUUAUACGGAAAUCUCAUCAGAAUAUUUCUCAGUUGUAGCCACGUCAUUUCUGUGCUCUGUCUCUUUUUUUUUUUUUUUUCUUUUUUCACAUAUUCUCUGUCUGUGUAGCCAAAAAUAUCGGGUUUAGCUGACGAGGAGUUGACGUGCACCAAGCAUCCUGCGAGACUCUGUGUUAUAACACGACUGUUGACUCAGGUAUUGUCGUGAAAGGGCUGUAUCUGCUUUCUGUGUCCCUGUCCCAAACACCCCCCUCCCCCGGCACCUUUGUCUUAAAAUAGCCUUAGAUCUACACGUGAGGUUCCUAUUUGGCCUUAAAAGUUGAACAAAUUAUGCACUACAAUUUCACAGACUUGACGGAGAGCUCGAUUCCUGUUCAGACACAGUUUUUAUUUUAUUUUUUAUUUGUGAAGAAUUUGUGUCGUUGCCAUGUUAUCUACCUCCUAUGAAUGUAGGGGCUGUCCUGGAGUUGUAGUCACCUGCAAAACCUUUUUUUGAUUUUCUUGCUCAUUGAAGGAAAACAGACAAUCAUCUGUAGAUUCUUGAGAAAUAUAAAAUAUAGUCCCCUAUUCAUUCAUACAUAGAACUGAUUCCAGGACACUCCGUUGUUCUUGAUGUUUCUUUCCCUCAUUGGCCAUUUUCAUUUUAUACAUUGUGCUUUUUAUUUUAUUUUUUCAUUGUAAGCCAUGAUGGAGAAGCAAAGUGACCAAAGUCUCUUGGCAAAGGCAGCCCUGCACAGCUGUGUGAAUUCAAACCUCCCAUCAUUUGUGUCAUUUUGAGCUCAGUUUUGAGUUGUUUUUUUUUCUCUCUCUCUUUCGUCUCCCUUAUUUAAACCACGACAUGCCAAAACUGAAUUUGCUGUCAUUCCUGUUCUGGUGAGGGUCUUUAUGUUGCUCAUUUAAUUUGUUCACAUCCACUGCUAAGCUCCUUGUUGUUGUUGUUGUUGUAAAGUUGUAAGCUUUGAUUUCUAUUUUACAUUUCCUUAUUUUUGUUAACAAGUAUGCUUACAGAACACAAGAUAUGCUGUAAACCCUGUUAGGACAUAAUGUGAAUAUGUAUCACUUAAUAUAGUUCACUCUUUGGCUUGACUGUAAGUUGCGUUAAUUAAUAAAAAUGUUUAAAAAAGA